UGACAAAUGACAUCUUUUUGAAAGAUGUCCAUAUCGGGAACUACUAGAUGAACUUGACGCGAACUUGUCCGAGCACCAUUCAAUGUUUUCUGUUCUGAAGGGGUUGGAAUACCCAGUUUCCCCACUACCAGGAAAUCUGAGGAAAAUAGGAAAACAAAACUGCCUCGAACUGUCUACGUGGCUUGGCGGCUGACUACUUCAGAUGACUACUCCUAGCGAACGUUCUCAGAAGUUUCUUCUCCUUUUCUUCGCCGAGAGUAUAACUGAAUGUGUUGAACAGUGUUGGUGUAACAGCUGUAUUGGGUACCUGUGUCACAUUAUAUCCGUGUAACUGGUCAAAGUUCGGUGUUUUUGCCAUGGGAAUCACCGGGGGUGUCCUCGGGUCCCGGAGAGGGGGGAGCUCCUACUUUCGCCUUUGUCGGGCAAAGACAUCUCGACAUGUCGCCCAUCCAUCACUGUCAAGCACACCCAACACUCGGGAACAAUCGCGCUCUCACGUUGCUAAGGUUAACAAUGACCUGGAUCCCUCCGUCCCUUUAACGUCACGGUGGAUUUGUGCGACACGACUUCCGCCUUCUUUUCGACUCCGACGCGGGGCGAAAGUGGCCGAGACGGCUGGUGUACAACAUAAUUACAUCGUUAGAAAACGACAGGAGAUCAAGACGACGAAACAGGUCUCCAUCAACAUUCUGCGAAUAUUUUAUGGCUCUUCAGUAAAUAUAGCUGGGCACAUGAGAACUCGUCAUAUUGUGCAAGCCGCCGGCAUUCCGUGAUGACGAUGCCGGGAGUGAGUGACCCCCGCUCCUGUCAAUCAUAUCUAACAGCCGGCCAUAUAAGAGCGACCAGCAACCUUCGACCGAAUCAAUUGCCACUGUCCAAGACUACCAGUCGCAUCUCCACUCAGUGCUCUCAAGUCACAUCGUCAGGCAGUCUUCCGAACUCCAUCUUUUGUACUUUGAGGCAAGACGCCACACUCUACUAUGUACGAAGUUGACUCCUACUACCGCCCACCUCCUACUUUCGGCAUGACGUACCCUCCCCCACCUGCCCGGAGCUGGAUGCCUGACGUCCAGCCGUACUCUGGACACGCCAUGGACAAGACUUCCCCGGUCUCUUCCCCACACGACGAGAUGAGGUACCGUUACCCGACCUACCGCACUACGGGAGAAAUAGGGAUGCACAAGAUGCACACCUACGAGCCGCCAAUCACACCCCCGUCCAAGUCGUCAGGUGCAGGUGAUCUGACCAACCUGGACUACGGACACCCCCCUCAACUAGGGAACGGCAACGACGACUACGGGGACGGCGAUUCCGAUGGCUCGGGCGAUCAGGACAGCCCGUCGGGGCACGGAGUGAAGCGCUCCGCAGACGACUCUCACGGCUCGUCCGGCGGAGCAGGCAUGACCAAGAAAACCAAGGGACGAGUCAAAAUCAAGAUGGAAUUUAUUGACAACAAACUGAGACGCUACACCACUUUCUCCAAGAGAAAGACUGGCAUCAUGAAGAAGGCCUACGAGCUGUCCACCCUGACGGGGACGCAGGUGAUGCUCCUGGUGGCGAGCGAGACCGGGCAUGUUUACACCUUCGCCACGAGAAAGCUCCAACCCAUGAUCACCAGCGAGGCCGGCAAGGCCCUGAUCCAGACCUGCCUGAACUCCCCGGACCCGCCGAGCCAGGGCCAGGCGGCCGGCCACGGUCAGCACGACCAGAGGAUGUCCGUCACUGGGUACGAGGAGACUGAUCUGACAUAUUCCACCGAAGCUGAAGACAACAUGAAGAUGCAGAAGCCGACCAUGUUCACGGUAGCGAACGUUCCGGGAGCCAGCGGAGACGGGCCGGGAGGACCCGCGGUGAACACGGCGACCAGCAUCCAGAUGGGCAGCGCCGGUUUCCCCAUCACCAGCUACAUGGCACCUGUGUCGACCACGGCAGGUGGCGGCAAGACCACCCCCACCAUGCAGAUCCCUGGCAGCUUCACAGCCGUGCUCCCUCCAGGUACUCCCCUGCUGAGCCAGGUACAACAGGGCACCUCACAGUCUCAACAGAUUCAACAACAACAACAGCAGCAACAACAACAACAGAUGGUCUACAGGGUCAACGGCCAGCCUGCCUUCACAAGUGGAAGUCAGAGCCAUCAGCAGUCUGUGGUCUACACCAUGACUCAGGCAGGAGGAGGAGACAGCCAGCAAGACUCCAGCCCCAUCAUCAACAACCAGAGCACCAGUACCAGUAUGGCACCAACAAGCGGCAGCAGCACACUGACGGGCCACGUGAUGUACCAGACCCCCCAGGGUGUCGUGUACGCGGCUCCUACGUCCAUGACAGAGGCAGGAGUGGUACUAAACUAUCCCCAGGGCCCCUCCGCCAUCCCAGUUCCACAACAACAAGUCCAAGAUCAAGGUGCAGCAGGUGGCGUACAACAGGUGGUGCUGGCACCGACCACGCCCGUGCAGAUUCAGAUGCCGACAGUCUCUCUCCAGCCGCUUCAGCCCACACAGGUGAGACACCUUGCAUCCGAAAUCAGAACCUCAUCCUGAGUCACCCGCCCUUACACGCCCGUCAAUCACCCUAGUCCCGUUUGAUUGGCUGGUCCAAUCGUGUCCUUUGAUUGGGUAGUUAGUCAUGUCAUUCCCCUCCUCAAUGGCCGGUUGGCUCUGGCCUGUCAUGUCAUGUGGUCUGCUGUCGCUGUCCUCUCUCCCCCGAUUGGCUGGCUGCUGACCAAUGGUGUUCGGUUGCAGAUGGUAGUGGCAGCCACGCCCUCCACUGAGUCCUCCAGCAACAGCGUGACUCCUGUCCUGCACACACAGACAGCCGAGACACAGACGAGCAAAGAAAGUACACGGACAUCAGCGGCGUCCUAGAGUUGAUAUGAAAGUUGCUGGGACCAAGUGUGUUGCAUGCUAUUCCUAAAGCAGUCAGAUGAAGAUGGCAUGAUCCAUGCAUAUGUUUGCUCUCUCUGUUGUCUGUUUAAGUUGUAUACAUACACAAACUAGUUUCUUGAAUCCUUGAGAAACACAUUAAAGACCAUCAAGUCUGAAUCAAAAUUUGGUGCUGAUUUGCAAAAAAAAAAAAAGGUUGGAGAAUUUCAUAUUCAAGCAUUAUUUCAAUUUGUUGCUAUCCCAUGACUUUCCUGACUGGACAGUCUGUUUCUCUGUUGUUGCCCAUUUUCUGAGCAAGAAGACAAUAACUUGCUAACUGCAAAUGCAGAAUACCUGUCAGAAUGGUAAAAUGUUCAAGUAAAGAAAUGGCCAGUCAGAUACAUACAGUAGGCAUGUUACUGCUGCAUACUAGUACUAAAUAUAGAACUGUUUAGACAUAUGUUUUUGCUGCACAAGUCACUUGUAAAUAUGUAUUAUAGAAAGUAUUUCCAUUUCUAAUAUAAGUAAUAAUAGAUAAUUGAGUAAUGUGCAGAAAGAGGAGUUAAAGCAUCGACAUGUAAUGUUGAACAUGUAAGAACACAGUAUCUUAUUAUAUAACUUAAUUAUUGGUGUUGUUUAGACAAAACAAGUAUCAGUAAAUGUACAUAUGCGAGUUCAAAUGUUGUUUACAGCUAUGAAAUGCCAUAUUCACAUGGCUUGUUGACAUCAUAUAGUAUGUAAAAUGGCUUUCCUGAAAACAUGCCUGCCCAUGUCCUCUCUUCAAGGAUUGUAAAAGAGUUCAGCUACAGAAUCUGUACCUGUUUUUUCUUCAGUCCCGACUUCAGUAGAUAAUAUUGAAUCAGAAUGACAUGACAUGGAAAAUAUCAGUAAAUUAAGCAUUGAUGAAUUCCUUGAAUUCACUUCCAGAUACCCUUUACACUUGUAUAUUCAAUGUUUUAAAUUCAAAGGUGAUGAAUCAUAGAAUUUGUGUAGCCCAAGAAGUUGUAGAAAGAAGUGUGUUGUCACUUUAAAAAAAAAAGGCUGGUUGGUGACCUUAGGGAAUUAGUCUCCCUUAUCAGUUUAUUUUAUUUUCUAUUUCAGUGAUCCAUAGUUAGAAUUGAUGUGCAUCCAGCAGAGAUUGAUGUUGGUCAAUGCAGAAAGGACACAGUGUUGUUAAAUAAUGUACAAAAAAGGAAAUGGUGAUCACAGUACUUGCUGACUUGUUACUGUACAGUGCUUUGUAUUUAAGUCAUGUCAAAUAAAUACUAUAAUGUGAUA